GGGCACUACGUGUGUCGUUAAUGCGGAAUAGGAAGAAAGAAAGAUAAAAAGAAUUAACCGGUGGUACGGUCCGUGUGGCUUUAUGACGUCACAGGAGGAAAGUUCAGUAUAAACAGUGAGUGAGUGAAGGAGUUAGGUCAUAAUUGCAUUAAAUCGCAUAGUCAAAAUGCCGCGGAAGAAGCCCUUCAGUAACAAACAGAAAAAGAACCAACUACAGAUGAAGCGACAGAAAAAGAGAGGUGAUCCAGGUUUGGCUCAGGGUAGCCGGAACGCGAGUCUCGAGAGAGCCAUGAGACGGGACAGGCAGUCGGACACAUCAGACAGCGAGACGUCCGACAUUAAGAAGAUCAACCACCAGCCUGGCACCAGACACAGCAGAUACGAUCCGAACAGGUUUCAGCUACACUUCGAGAAGGACAGGAUCGAGGAGGUGGAGAAGGGGAAGAGAAUGGCCAGAGAGAAAAUACUGCAAGCAGUACCUGAGAGGGAACUAGAGAUGGACUUUCAAGAUGUCUACCCCGAAGACCAAGGGCUGGAUUUCCCACGAAGGCCCGCAUGGAAUUAUGGGAUGUGCAGAGAGGAGCUGUUGCGGAAGGAAAAGGUGGUGUUUGAUGAAUUUCUGAAGGCUCUUCGUUCCAAGAAUUCUUCUGACACCCUCAGCCAUUUUGAACACAAUCUGGAGACAUGGAGACAGUUAUGGAGAGUAUUGGAGAUGUCCGAUGUCGUUCUGCUUAUUGUGGAUAUCAGACACCCGGUGCUGCAGAUUCCCCCUGCUCUGUAUCACUACAUCACAGGUGAACUGCAGAAGCAGGUAAUCGUGGUGCUGAACAAGGUCGACCUCUGCCCCGCGCCGCUCGUGUUGGCAUGGAAACACUACCUGAGCAAUCACUUUCCUCACCUGCAGUGCGUGUGCUUCACCUCAAAUUCUGGACAAUCCACCAGCAGCUUGUUGAAGAAAAAGCGGAUGAGGAAAAGGUGUGGGUGGAGCCAGACAGAAGGACCGAUCCAAAUUCUGAGGGCAUGUCAGAAGAUCACGGCAGGAAAAGUGGAUUUAAGUAGCUGGGAAAAGAAGAUACAUAGGGAUGCACUGGCUGUAGGACCAGAUGGCGAGGGGUGUGAUGACAGGACGGGGAGAGUGUUGAUGGAACACCACACUGAUGUCGCCAUGGAGCUGACCAGCCCUACACGAGAACUUUACAAAGAUGGAGUUCUGACGUUAGGCUGUAUAGGGUUUCCUAAUGUAGGAAAGUCUUCAGUGUUGAAUAGUUUGGUUGGUCAGAAGGUUGUGAGUGUGUCUCGAAAUCCUGGUCACACAAAGUAUUUCCAGACCUACUACCUGACCCCAACUGUUAAACUGUGCGACUGUCCUGGACUCGUCUUCCCGUCUCACGUCAGCAAACAACUACAGGUUCUGGCUGGUAUUUACCCAGUAGCCCAGGUGCAGGAACCCUACAGCUCAGUGGGAUACCUGUGUGAGCGCAGUCCAUUCCUGUCAGUACUGAAAAUCACACACCCAGACAAGAGUACCGACACGUCAGACACUCCUGGCACUUGCGUCUGGACAGCCUGGGAUGUGUGUGAAGCGUGGGCAGAGAAAAGACGUUAUAAGACAGCAAAGGCAGCACGGAAUGAUGUUUAUCGAGCCGCUAACAGCCUGCUGCGUUUGGCAGUGAAUGGACAAUUAUGUCUGUGCUUGCGGCCACCAGGAUACACACAGAGCAAAGAUAAAUGGGAGUCCCAUCCAGAUUUGGCAGAUAUCUUCACUCUGCAGGGACAAAGACCUGAGGACAAAGAGAACGAAGGGAUGGACGAGGAAGACGACUGUGACGCAGACGAUGACGAGGACGCCGACGCGGACGACGAGGACGAAAGUGCGCGGACCGACACAAAAGGCAAAGCCCACAGCCUGAGCCUGUUCGGCCAGCUGGGAGAGAUCGAGUGUGAGUGAGGAGCGAGGAGCUGCUCAUUCUGUCAUCUCAGUCUUCAUCUCUCAAAUUCCUCUCAUCUGCGUCUCUGUACAACUCUGUUCAAGUUACUUUAAUGGUCUGUUAAGUACCGAAGCUUUCAAUGAAACUUUCAGAGGUUGCACUCCUCAA